AUGUCCGAAAAGAAUGCGCCGCUGGGCACUUCCAAUGCGACAAAAUCCAGAUCUGAUGCAGGGAAGGAUACGAGCAUCAAGAAUCCGCAAACAGCUGCGGCCAAGGCCGAAACGACCGGCUCGGGGAGUCACUCCAGCCCCAAGAAGCGCCGGAAGGUGAAUCACGCCUGUGUAUAUUGUCGCCGCUCGCAUAUGACCUGCGACUCGGAACGGCCCUGCACACGCUGUAUAAAGCGAAACAUCGGUCACCUGUGUCAUGACGAGCCGAGGGAAACUGCGAAACGAGGACGUGGCGAACACGAACAUUCUGCUGCAGACGACGAGGGCUCGUCUAACAAUGAAUUGGGCUCCGUUCAAGGCAUGCCUACGAGUGUCGACAUAGCCGAUGCUGCUGGUCAGCAAUCAUUCCCUGAUACCACGAUCGGAAUUGCACCCUCAGUUGUGAAUCCGCCUUCAACGGUGCCGCCUGGGAAUCUUUCUGCGUCUAGUCAGUCACUCGAGGCUACCUCUCAGCUCAUGCCAUACAACGAUUGGGUAGGUGGUCAGAAUCAGUUCCAGGACAUGCAUUCUCUCCACCCUUCCUACAUGUUUAAUGCACACGAAGUGACCAACGAGUACAAUCUGCUCGGCGAUUUCCUCAGUAACAGUCUCUUAGACGACGGGGCAAUGUUCCAAAAUCAAGAUAUGCAGGGAAUCUACAACGAUUCGUCGUUGAUGAACUCGAUGAAUGGUAUGCCAGCACCGAACGGGUUGCCUCCUCCAACACAACUUCCGCCGCCAGCACAGAGCCAAGCACUGCCAGGAGACUCAAUUCAACGCUCAACCUCCACGACGGGUAAUGACAAAGCCCGGGAAACGUACUACAUGACCGCCGCCGACCCGGCAGGAACUGACCCACCAGAGGAGCGGAUGAACAAGCUUCUCAAAGCGAAAUAUGACGCCGGACUACUAAAACCGUUCAACUACGUUAAGGGAUAUGCACGGUUGAACCAGUACAUGGAAAAGAACAUGCAACAAAUAUCUCGCCAAAAGAUUCUGCGGCAGCUCGACAAGUUCCGGCCGAAGUUCCGAGAACGCAUGCAGAGCUUGACUGAUAUCGAACUGAUUCUGGUGGAGAUGUGGUUCGAGCGCAGUCUUAUGGAGUACGAUCGAGUCUUUGCCAGUAUGGCUAUCCCAGCCUGCUGCUGGCGUCGAACGGGCGAGAUCUUCCGAGGGAACAAUGAGAUGGCACAGCUGAUUGAUGUCCCGGUUGAGGGUCUUCGAGAUGGAAAACUGGCUAUCCACGAGAUCAUUGUCGAAGACCAGCUGGUCAGUUAUUGGGAAAAGUUCGGCGCCAUCGCCUUCGACAAUACCCAAAAGGCUAUGCUCACUAGUUGCACGCUGAAGAGCCCUAACCCUAAUUCAAGGAGUGACGGUAUAACCUGCUGCUUUUCGUUUACGAUCAGACGAGACAAUCACAACAUCCCGUCUCUCAUCGUUGGGAACUUCCUCCCCAUCGAUAAAUAG